AUGGCCUUGUCCAUGCGUGUGAGACAGCUGGAGAACAGCCUAGAAAAGAUGACCAUCAAAAUCACAGAGGCUGAGAGGAUCCAAAAAACCUACCUGCGAGUUUGCGACCACCUACAUCGGGAGGUGUGUGAGAUGCCCAUGGCUCUGGAUCAGCUGCAGAACUCAGUGGUCGGCGGGCAGUCAGAGCUAGGAAAGGUGGCGCACAUGUCUUACACCGCAGUGGCUGCAGUGGACUGCACUAAGAGUCAGCUGGUUCACGUGGAGAGGCAGCUAAUGGUGGAACGCAGAAUGAUGGAGAAAGAGUUGACUGAAAGGAGGGGAGCGAAAGAGAAGGAGGUGGAGGGUCGGCUGGAGAGAGAGAGGGAGGGAGAGCGACGGAGCAGCAGAGUCGCUCAGAAGUUGAAAGAGCAGGGUUGGAGAGGGUCGUCUACCAGAGAAGGACUGGCUGAAGAUACAGCCCCUAUCAGAGCCCAGCAGACCGUCACGGCCCCCAUUACGACACAGCCCGUCUUCAAACUGGUGGAGGAUAUUGAUGCUCUGAGAGAAGCCCUCAGCUGCACUGAUCUGCAGGAGCUGGAGACACGGCUGGCCUCUCAGAAGGCCACCAGGGAGCAACUGCACACCCAGAUAACCCAGUGUGAGGAGCUGAUCAGAAAGAGCAUGGAGACCCUGGCUACCCUUGAGUUCCAGUACGCCCAACUCAAGUUCAGCGCCGGACCCGCUUCCGACAGGUUUGAGCAGCUGAAGGAGGAAAUGCAGGUGGAGCUUGAGCAGGAAGAGGAUCGUUGCAGCCAAUGGGAAGCCAAGCUGGGCAAGGCCCAAUCUGUGCUGUAUGGCGUGGAGCAGGGUGUCAACAACCUGUUCUUCAGGAUUAGCUGUGUGCAUGUCAUGGACUCUCCCAGGGAGUUGGGGGAUUUGGAUGCCACCGAGAAGCUGAGGGAAAUCGGUGUCCGUCUGCUCACACUGCAGACCACCGCUUCAGAGAAGACUGAGGAAAAUACUGCUGACCAUGAGAAGGUGUGGAGCUUCCUGGAGCAGAGCAUGAUGAUGGAGCCCAGAAACUUCAAAAGGGCCAGCAGCCCAGUGUACAACAGCGUCUCAGAAGACACGUUCCAGUUCCGCAGUCUGGAGGAGGACUGCGCCCUGUCCCGCGAGGAGAUCAAGCGUCGCAGUCUCCAUCUGAUCGAGGCCCACCAACCCAAGAAAGCCCCGAGGGGCACCAAGAAGAGCUAGAGGCAUGUUUCAGAGAGAAGGACCAGACAGCCUGACAGCUGUGGCCCUCUACAUCCUACAGGGAGUAAGGCUGAGGAAUAAU